UGGCAGUCUGGUGCGUCAUGGAGGAGGUUCUGCUGGACUGACUGAACCACGCUCAGCUGCGGACUUUCCUGACCCUUGCCGUUUUGCUUGAGCCAUUCAGGACAUCCCGGAAGAGGGUUCCUCGGUGCCGCGGAGCAGAGGAGAAGAUCGGAACCGACAGUACGUGAAGUUUCAGCCGGCGACACAACACCAGAGCGCAGAGCGAGACGCGCAACUUUCUCACGGACCAUUUUGGGGGCCCAGAGAAGGGAGGUUUGCACCAUGGAGGACUUAAUUCAGCGGCUGGAGCAAGCCGUGACUCGGCUGGAGCAUGUGUCCACCUCAAUGCAAGAUUCUAACACCAUGACUAAUGGGACAUGUGUCAACGGCCUGGAUCAAGCAGUGUCUCACUUUGAUGUGCUGCUGGGGGGUCCAGUGUCCGACUAUCUAAAGUACAGCCGAGCCAUCGGAAGAGAAGUGGAGAAACAUGCAGAGAUGGUAAAGACAGCGCUGCAGACUGAGAGAACCUUCCUCAAGAUGGCUGCCACACACCAGGAACCAGCAAAGACAGAGCUCCAAGACCUGCUGAAGCCCAUAUCGGAUCACAUCCAGGAGAUCCAGAAUUUCAGAGAACAAAACCGUGGCAGCUGCCUCUUCAACCACCUCUCAGCUGUCAGUGAGAGCAUUCCCGCUCUGGGCUGGGUGGCUGUGAGUCAAAAGCCUGGUCCGUAUGUGAAGGAGAUGAACGAUGCCGCCAUCUUUUACACCAACAGAGUUCUGAAGGACUACAAGGAGAUUGACAAACGUCAUGUGGACUGGGUGCACUCCUACCUGUUAAUCUGGACUGAGAUGCAAUCCUUCAUUAAACAGCAUCAUACGACGGGGCUGGUGUGGAGCAAAACUGGCCCCAUUGCUCCAACUUCCAUUUUAGACUUCACCUCACCCUGCCCUCCCCCACCUCCUCCUCCUCCCCCCGGCCCACCUCCAGUCCUCAGCGACGAUGACGGCAAGCCUCAUGGGGACGGUGCUGCGGCUCAGCAUUCAGAAUUAUUCGCCCAACUCAACCAAGGAGUAGGGAUCACUAAAGGUCUAAAGCACGUGAAAGACGAGCAGAAGACUCAUAAGAACCCAAAUCUGAAGGGUCAAGCAUCGCCAACUACAAGCAACACCCCCUCUCCUGCAAAUCCCUCCACAGCAACCAUCCACAAAAGAUCUCCCCUGCUUGAGCUGGAGGGAAAGAAGUGGAGAGUGGAACAUUUUGAGCAGAAACAUGAUUUGGUGAUCGAGGAGACCGAGCUUAAACAGGUGGUGUAUGUGUUCAGCUGUAACAACACCACUCUGCAGGUUAAGGGUAAAAUCAACUCCAUCAUUGUAGAUAACUGUAAGAAGCUGGGUCUAGUUUUUGAGAAUGCUGUUGGAAUUGUAGAGAUAAUCAACUCCAACGCUGUUCAGUUACAGGUGUUGGGAACGGUUCCCACUAUUUCCAUUAACAAGACGGAGGGCUGCCAGGUGUACUUGAGUAAAGAGGCUCUGAACUGUGACAUAGUCAGCGCCAAAAGCUCCGAGAUGAACAUCCUGAUACCAGAAGGGGAGGACGAUUAUAGGGAGUUUCCGGUCCCAGAGCAGUUCAAGACCGUCUGGGAUGGAUCCAAACUGGUGACGGAGCCCACAGAGAUCGCAGGCUGACUGGAAAUAACAUGAAAGUUUAACUUAAACACCAAAUAAAAAAAUAAAAAAAGCAAAGGAAGUAGGAACUGCAUUAGCUGAAUGUGUGGAUACUAGAUUAGUGUGUCUAUGUAAGGUUUUAACAAUAUCCUUACAAACGCUAUACAUCAUUCAGUGCCAUAGAAUGUAUAGGCAUUUAGGGAAUUAAAACAUUUAAAAGAAAUAAAACAUUUCUGAUUAUUAGUCAAGCGUAUGUUCCUACACACGACUUUUUUUCCAUUUUGAAUUUAGUCAUCUGUUUAUUAAUGUGUUAAAAAAGACUGAAAUGUUUUACUGUACGGACAGCACUGUUGUGUUUUACUUUCCUAACUGAAGUUCAGCAUGAAACGGGCUGCAGACAUCAGAUCAACUCACAGCAGUUCCAAAAAUCCUUUAUUUUGAAUGAUCAAAAAUAAGCACAUAGGUUGGGCAGAUUCUUUAAAACCAUUUCUAGUUUGCAAUAAAAAUGUAAACUCAAAACCUGAGUUCUGAUUUAUUAUGAUCUAAUUUUGCAUGGCAAACUGAAUGUACCCCCUCAGUGCUCUGAAGCACAGUUGGUCCACAUUUUAUGGAAUUAAAUCCACUUCUAGAA